AUGGGGGAUUUCAAUUCUAUGUUAUUUCUGCAUGAUGGGUUUGGUGGGUCUUCUCGCCGCAAUACGGACAUGUCAGACUUCUAUUUUCGUGUUGAGGAUGUUGAAUUAUUUGAUCUUCAACAUUCUGGUGUUCAUUUUACCUGGAAUCAAAAGCCGAACUCUACAUGUGGUAUUAUGCGAAAACUGGAUAGGGCUAUGGCUAAUUCGGAGUUUACUUCUAAAUUUUAUGAUGCUAGUGUAAAGAUUCACCCUUCAGGUCUUUCGGAUCAUUCUCCGGUGGUCUUAUCGUUUAAAGGAGGCGCUCGGGAAAAGAGGUAUGGUUUUAAAUUUGACAAUUUCUUGACCGAUCACCCGGCUUUUCUUCAAAUUGUUAAGGAUGAAUGGGCUAAUCAUAUUGAGGGUACUUUUAUGUUUCGCGUUACCACCCAUUUGAAGGCCCUCAAGACUCCUCUUCGGAAACUUCGGAAUUCUUAUGGUAAUCUUGGUCAACGUGUUUCCUUUCUAAAGGCUGAAUUAGAUCGUAUUCAACUGGAAGUUGAUACAGACCCUUCUAAUGAUGAAUUAGGUCUUGAACUUGGUCAUAUUCGUAUAGCGUAUCAGAAUGCGUGUUGGGUUGAGGAAUGGGCGGCUAAACAAAGAGCGAAAAUUAAUUGGUUGAAUGAAGGUGAUAUGAAUACCAAAUUCUUCCAUAAAGUGAUCAAAGAGCGGAACUACUAUAACUCCAUUCAUUCGGUUUGCUCUAGUGGUGGUGAGUACUUCUAUGGUGAAGAUGUCCCGAAAGUCUUUGUUGGUCAUUUUAAAGACUUUUUGGGUGGGACGAAUGUUUCUUCUGAUCCGACUAUGCUUGAUGCUCUCUUUUUGAGAACACUCUCUUUAUCGGAUGCAAACUAUAAAGCUCCAGGAUCGGAUGGUUUUUCUUCAAAGUUUUUUAAAGAUGCAUGGGAUAUUGUUGGUCGUGAUGUGACACUUGCUGUCCACAACUUCUUUUAUCGAGGUAAUCUUCCCAAGAACUUGAAUCAUAUUCUUAUUUGCCUUAUCCCGAAAUCUGUUAAUGCUUCUAGGGUUACGGAUUAUAGGCAUAGCGUGUUGUAA